UUUAACUUAUAUUGAAGUUACAGUACUAUAGAGGAUUUGCUCCUCUUCUUCAAACAUUGACAGCACAUCUUUACCAACUCCCAGGACCAUGGAAAACUCUACUCACUUUAAGGUCUUUAGGCUUGCUGCAUACGGUGAUAUCAGACAAUUGAAGUAUUUCUACUUUGCUGUAGUAACUUUAUUAUAUUUUGUUAUCAUUCUUGCCAAUACUUUACUUAUUGGAGUUAUCUGCAUUGAAAGAAGCCUUCAUGAACCCAUGUAUCUGUUUCUAUGUGCUUUGUUUGUUAAUCAGUUGUAUGGGAGCACUGGUUUGUUUCCUGCUUUCAUGUUUUACUUGCUGUCUGACACACAUGAUAUUUCCCUUCUUUAUUGUUAUCUCCAGGUUUAUGUGUUGUACACAUGUGCUCUAACAUAAUUUAGUAAUUUAGCAGUUAUGUCCUAUGACAGGUACAUCUCCAUUUGUUAUCCUCUACAGUAUAAUAAUAUUAUGACACCUAAAAUAAUUUGUGGCUUAAUUCUGCUGUCCUGGUUGUAUUCUUUUUUCCUCAUCGCCAUCAUUAUCUCCCUGAGUUUGCGACUGCAAUUUUGUGGUAAUGUUCUAGACAGACUGUAUUGUGACAACUACUCAGUCGUCAAGCUUGCCUGUUCAAAUACUACGCUGAAUAACAUAUGGGGUCUUGUUGGCACUGUGCUUUCUUUUUCUUGUACUUUAUUUCCUACCAUAUACUCAUAUGUAAGAAUUCUACAGAUAUGUUUAAAGUCUUCAAAAGAGACGAAACAGAAAGCAUUUAACACCUGUACACCACAUAUAGCCUCUUUGCUGAACUUCUUCUCUGGCUGUUUAUUUUCGAUUAUACAAGGCAGAUAUGAAACUGCAGAUCUUCCACCUAUACUUCACACUAUUUUAUUAGUUUAUUUUCCAAUAUGUCCACCACUUUUCAAUCCUAUUAUGUACGGCAUUAGGAUGGUUAAUAUCAGACAGGCUUGUAAAAGGUUACUAGGCCGUCACACUAAAACAUAA